CCUCUGUGUGCUGGGAGGAACAGCCUUCUGCCCUCACGACCAAAGGGAAAGCAGUAGGUCAGGGGCUCCUCCAAGCCAACGGCAGAGCCUGUCACCCAUUCUGCAGGAAAGGUGAGCCCAGCAGGGGAAGGGAGUCGCCCGGGAGCAGGAGCCGUGACCAACCAGAAGGAGCUUGGCUCUGAGCGUGGGUACUGCCUGAGCACCUGCACUGCAGCGGCAUCACCAGGGGAAGCAUGGGAGGAAGGAAAAUGGCAAGAGAUGAAGAGAAUCCUUAUGGUUUCGACGACUACGGGCCCGCCCCGCAGGAACCCAGGCUGAGGCUCAUCCUGGCCGGGAAGACCGGAGCGGGCAAGAGCGCCACGGGCAACAGCAUCCUGGGCCAGCGGCGGUUCCCCUCCAGGCUCGCGUCCAGGUCCGUGACCAGGACCUGCGCGGUGGCCAGCCGGCGGUGGAACGGCUGGCACGUGGACGUCGUGGACACCCCGGACCUUUUCAGCUCCGAGGUGGACCAGACAGACCCGGCGUGCGCCGAGCGAGGCCGCUGCUACCUGCUGUCGGCGCCCGGGCCGCACGCCCUGCUGCUGGUGACCCAGCUGGGCCGCUUCACCGCCCAGGACCAGCAGGCCGUGCGCGCGCUGCGGGAGCUGUUCGGCGACCAGGUGCUGGCGCGCACCGUGCUCGUCUUCACGCGCAGGGAGGACCUGGCGGGCGGCUCGCUGCAGGACUUCCUGCGCGACACGGACAACCGCGCGCUGCGCCAGCUGGUGGCCGCGUGCGACGGCCGCGUGUGCGCCGUGGACAACCGCCCGGCGGGCGAGGAGCGCGAGGCGCAGGCUUGCGAGCUGCUGGCGCUGGUGGAGCGCCUGGUGCGCGCGCACGGGGGCGCCCCCUACACGAACGACGUGUACGGCCUGGCGCGCGCUCUGGGCGCCGCGGGCCCCGAGGAGCGGCUGGGCCGCCUGGUGGCCCGGCUCGCGGCACGCGCGCGGGGCCGGCGGGGGCGCGGGCUGCGGGCGGCUCUGCGCGGGUGGCGGCGCGCGCUGGGGGGCGCUUGGAGGCUGGCGGCGGCCGCGCUGCUGGGGGGCGCCGUGCUGCUCUGGCUGCUGUUCCCCAGGCCGCCGCCCCAGGGCCCCGCGGGGAGUGUGGGUCUUCAGAAUGCUGGGAACCUGGCAAGAAAAAUUGAGCAUUUGGCGCUGAAAGGGGUCAAAAAAGGAACUGGGCGGGGGCCUGGGCGCCCGGCGGGCUCCAAGAGGAAACGUCCCCUGCGGCAGCAGCUGCGCGCGCUCACGGGUCUCGGGGCGGCCGCCGCAGCCGCCGGGCCGCCCACCCGAGGGAGCAGCGCCCGCGGUCCGCGAUCCCCUUUGCAUUCUUCCCUGACGCCGGCUCUGGAAGCUCCGGCCUCAGCCGCGGCUCCUCCGUCACCGAAAAGAAUGGAAGGGCUUCAGAAGAGCAGAUACGGAACUAUGGCUGAAGGCAGUGUAGAAGAUUACUGGUUUGCCGCAUCAUCCUCAUUGAGGAUGGUCCUGGUGGGCAGGACAGGCAGCGGGAAGAGCGCCACAGGGAACAGCAUCCUCUGCCAGCCCGCGUUCGAGUCCAAGCUGGGGACCCAGUCCGUGACCAGCACGUGCCAGGGGGCAGCGGGCACGUGGAACGGGAGGGACAUCCUGCUGGUGGACACACCCUCCAUCUUUGAGGCGAAGGCCCAGCACCAAGAGAUGUACAGGGACAUCGGUCACUGCUACCUGCUCUUGGCCCCAGGGCCCCACGUGCUCCUGCUGGUGACCCAGCUGGGGCGCUUCACCGCCCAGGACACAGUGGCCGUGAGGAGGGUGAAGGAGGUCUUUGGGGCAGGGGCCAUGAGACACACGAUCGUCCUCUUCACCCACAAGGAGGACUUGGGGGCCGAGUCCCUGGACGACUACGUGGCCAACACGGACAACCUCAGCCUGAGGAGCCUGGUGCAGGAGUGCGGGCGGAGGUACUGCGCCUUCAACAACCGGGCCCGCGGGGAGGAGCAGCGGCAGCAGGUGGCCGAGCUGAUGGCCGUGGUGGAGAGUCUGCAGAGGGAGCUGGAGGGCGCCUGCCUGGGCAACGAGCUCUUCUUUGAUGCGCAGAUGCUCCAGCGAGGAGGCGGGGCCGGCGCGUGUGAGGAAGACCUCAGGCCCUACCUGGCCAAGGUGCGGCGGCAGGUGGAGAAGCAGAAGCGAGACCUGAGGGAGGCCCGGAGGGGCUGGGUGGCCAGGGUGCUGUGCAGGGUCAGGAACUGGAUGGCUUCUCAUAUUGGAAUAUCUGCUGCUCUUGCUGUAUGCAUUUUGAUUAUACUUGCUGUUUUAAUUAACUUGAGUUUUACUCACAAACAAUGAGCAUUUUCAGAUGAUUUUCACCAUCAGCUUUUGUUUUCAGUCACCCUCUCCGUGUUUAAGGUAUUUUAAUUUCUCUUCCUUGUGUCAGACCCAUCUUCAGGUUAAAGACAUUCUUUUUCAAUUCUUUAGAUAAAUAAACUCCAAAGGAAA